UUAGAAAGAUCUAAACUUCAAAAGGCCCAAUGCACCCCCAUCCCCCUUCUUCACAACUCCACCCCUUUGAAUUCAUACCAAUUUACCCUCAGCGACUACAAGACAUUUGGUGUUAAUUGAAAAUAACUAACUCCAGCUUCUUUAAAUUCCCUUCUGCUUCUUGGUUCAAGUUCAGUAGAACUGCGACAAUGUCGAUACGCGGUACUGCAGGGUAUAAUUUGGGUGGCCAGAACUCAUUUGGAGGAGGACCAAGUAUGGGUGGUAUGGACAAACCCAGUGAAGCCGGUGCUCUCGAUGCGAUAAGGGAGCAAACAAGCAAAAUUGAGGAUUUCUUGGAUACUUUAAGUGAUCCUGUUAAGCCGUAUGUUCAUGUCCCGCACAGGACCCCGCAGAGGACAGCUUGAGGGGUCUGUCUAAAUCUGUGCUUAAUUUACUCGCAUUUACAAUCUGCUAACUUCUCUUAUUCUGCAGUUACUUGCCAGCUAUUGGACGAUUCCUUAUUGUUGUUACAUUCCUGGAGGAUGCAUUGAGAAUAAUUACACAAUGGAGCGAUCAAUUAUUAUAUCUGCAUGAUUACCGACACAGUAUGCUACAUAUCUGUCCAAAACAUGGCACAGCAUGGUUAACAAUCUUCUAGUCCCAAGCGGUCUCACACAUCUUUUCCUAGUCGUUAACGUACUGGCAAUGAUUUCAUGCUCUACACUAGUUAUCGCACGAAGAUACUCGGAUUAUGCUGUUGGUGGAUUGAUUGGCGUUGUAGUUGUACAAGCUCUCGGAUAUGGUCUCAUUUUCGAUCUCAACUUCUUCCUCCGAAAUCUUUCGGUCAUGGGAGGCCUAUUGAUGGUUUUGUCCGAUUCCUGGGUCCGCAAAUCAAAGGCAUUUGCGGGUCUCCCAGAAAUAGAUGAGAAGGACCGCAAAAUGUACUUCCAGCUUGCUGGUCGUGUCUUGUUGAUCUUCCUCUUCGUUGGAUUCGUUUUUAGUGGCACCUGGAGCCUUUGGAGAGUGAUUGUGGCAUUUUUCGGUCUCGUAGCCUGCGUUAUGGUUGUCGUAGGCUUCAAGGCAAAGUUCAGUGCUAUUAUGCUUGUUCUUAUCUUGAGUGUUUUCAACGUAUUGGUGAACAACUUUUGGACUGUAAGUCAAGCCCUAUUGCUCGCGCGAGGCAAUUUACUGAUUUAUCGUAGCUUCACGAACACCACCCCCACAAGGACUUCGCAAAGUAUGAUUUCUUCCAAAUUCUAUCCAUUGUAGGAGGCCUCCUCCUCCUUGUCAACAGCGGACCAGGGAAAUACUCAAUCGAUGAGAAGAAGAAGGUCUACUAAGCUGUAGUGGUGAGUUUGAAACGAGAUGAGAGUAGGGGGGGUCAAGGUUCAGGAAAAAUUCAACAGGAAGCCGUGCAUUUAAGGCGGAGUUCAAUUUGAUGAGGGAAAUUUUUUCUAUUAUUGUUAUGUCUUUCUUCCUCUUAAGAAGGAAGAUCCAGGAGGCUUGGACGCUUGCUUUUAAGCAUAGCUUCAACAUCUUCCGAAUGUAAAUCUCGAAGCUCGCAAUUUAUCAAGUACAUGAAUGUUUUACAAGCUAAACACU